AUGCGUGGCCUGCACUUGCAGGAAGGCGCCACGAUGUCCCGCAAGGCCGACAUCUACUCGGCUCUCGCCCAGCUCGGCCUCGUCACCUUCGACCUCAACGAGCAGGCCGACUUCAGCGACCCCGACAUCCGCGCGGCCACCGAAGCGCUCACCCGGCUCUACCAGGACCCGGCCGAGGGAUACCUGGCCCCCGAGGACGCCGACGUGUUCGAGCGCGCGCUCGAGCUCGGGGUGCUGCGCGUCGACCCCGAGCAGCCGAGGUAUUUCUCCGCGGAGGAAAUGAUGCAGCGCGCUAGGAGGCUCGGGGUGGCUCCGCCGCCCGUCGCGGGGGAGCGCGACAGCCACAGGACCGGCGGGCACGACUCGGCUGCUCCGCAGGCGCUGCCGCGGUUCCGCACGACCGAGGAGGUGAUUCGGCGCGCGCACCAGCUGGGGCUGCGCACGCCUCCUGUCGUGAGCGACGACGACGACGACGACGAUGGUGCGGAGAGGACGCCCGAGCGCGCCGGGACGGAGCACAGCGGCCAGCAGCACUGA